AUGGCGAUACUCACUGACGAUGCCGACUACGAUGGCGGCGAAACGUUUUGGAAUGUACCACGUCCACGGUUCAACUUUGGAACUGAUCAUGGAGACACUGGACUCCGGACUAGGUGCGUUCCUCUAAGUCUGCCUACCAAUAUGAUCAUGUUGCGAAAACAAGGUCAAGCAACUUCUAUUGAAAUUAAUGGUGGCAGAAAGUUGAUUAAUGGUUACUUAUGCUUGAUUGAGCGAUUGAAGGAGUUAGAGGGUAUUGAGCCGCCGUCAAAAAGAAGACUGGGUACGUCAGCCGAGUGA